AUGUGGGUUUGGCCUUUCAGAAGUGAGCAGUUCCCAACAGCCUGUAUCCGCCGAUUGCUCAUAAAUUACAGGGCACCUGCAAGGCCUCCGGCUGAUCCCUCGGGCUCUCAAGAGACAGGCACGCAGUCACGGUUCACGGUGUUCAAUGCCGCAUGUAAGGAACUGGAAGAGGAAAGCUUAACGUUUCCGGAAGAAGCAGUGCCUCAUGGUUUUGAAGACAACAAGAUUCCUAUACGAGCUCUCGAGGACUUCGUGGUUUAUGAAAUCAAGACUGGACGCAUCGCAUACCUUGAAGAGGUGGAUUGCAGUAGAGCAUAUGGAGCCUCUGGAUAUGCUUCAUCCUGGAUUGACAACGAAAUCGAGAGCCUUUCAGACUCUAGCGAGUUCAAUGAUGAAAGCCUGGAGCCCUCAACCAGUACUUCAGGGAGACAGAGGAUUCGUCUCUCUGGAAUUUUGGAGGUCAAUGUUCAUCACGUUUGUGAUUCUGAUCCACAAACUUUCCAACUUGACCCGGAGCCGGCACAAGCCUAUGCGGACCAUUUCAUGCCAUUCAGGAUCAAGCACUAUCUCUUUCAUGAGCUGGUGUCUUGUGUUCUUCAAGAUCCAGACCAUCAACUGACCUUAGAAGAGUUUGGUGACUGGCUGUCUCUCUCUGAAUCCUCGACAUCCAGCAUUCAAGUUUCUCGUGUUCACAGAGUAAAACAACAGACACACCAUUUUUCGGAGUCAUUUAAAACACUAUGCAAGAAACACAAGGAUAUAUUCACCCCUUUAAGGGGCAUGCCCAUCCUGGUGUCUCUUCUGGACCCCUCGCGAGGGUUGCAUGCCCGCAAGUUGAAAUCUAUCCAGGAACUUCGUAACUGCGUUCUUGCUGCUAUCAGUAAAACCACAGUUACUUCCGGGAUUUUCACUCUAGCUGCAAGGCUCUUUCCUCAGAAGCAUCUGCAAAAGGUGCUGGUGAACACUCAUGAGCAUGUGCAUUGCAGUGGAAGGCCAAAUUCCAGAAAGAUUUAUCGUAUGCAUGACAUGCAUGUGCGCCAUGAGUGGGGGCAAGAGAGCCACCUGCGCGCCAGACACUAUGAGUCUGUAACAAUAGAUGGUGUUCUGUACAAGCUGACAAGUGUGAAGGCAGGAGACACAGUUAUUGUUGAAGGUGGACCAGAUGCUGACAGAACUCGGGAAAAAAAUGCCACAACUGAGCCGGCUAAGACUGGAGAUGACAUAGUAGACAAAAAGUGGUUUAUGAAGAUCUGCUAUGUCUUUGAGCGGCAAGAGCAAGUGAUCAGCCAGUACAGUGGCCCGCAAUGGAUAUUGGAACCGUAUUUUCACGGUCAAUACUAUAUGCAUGGUUCGAAGCUGCUCUUGCAAGAGACAGCGCAUCCUCAGGCACUAUACCUGAUUGAUGAAUGCGAUGAUCAGCAGUUAGGAUGCAUCUUCCAGAAAGUUGACGUCCAAGAGCUUGGUUUGCAAGGGGAUGAGCCUCCAUUCCUCAAUACUGGCACCAGCACAAAGCAGUUCUUUUCUGGGUUGCUUUGGGACCAAGCCAUGGUUGCAUUCCAUCAGCUUAGCCCGAACGAUAUUCAGCGGGCGCUCAAUGCCUGUACACCUGGAAAGGAGUGCAUUAAUUGUGGUUUAUCACAGCUACGCAUGGUGCAAAACUCCUGGGAUAUCAAAGAAGACAGAAUCUUACAGCAUGAUGUCAGCUAUCAUGUUGGAGACUUUGUCUACCUACGACCCACCAUCCCAACUCCCCCAGAGCUGUAUGUUAUAGGACAGAUAACGGAGAUCAUGCCAAUCAAGGGCAAGGGUGAGCAUCAGGUCAGGGUUAGAUUAAUUGAGCGAUAUGACGUGGUUAUCCGAACCAAAUGGGGACCGCGCAAGGAGGGCACCAAAACAGAUGAGCAUCGUCUUAUUCUUACAGACGAGCUUCAGCCAUUUGAUGUUUCACACAUUGAGGGCAAAGCCUACGUUACUCAUCCAUCGUCUCUUCAAGUCCAUGGCUUCUCGCCAGACGACUGGGUCUUACACGAUGAUCACUACCUUAUUGAUUUACGUGCACCAUCCAUCAGAGCCAAAUGCUCCCAGAUGGAGAAGCUUCUCCCACGACAGCUCCACUAUUGCCAAACCUGCUUUGCACAACGGCUCAAGACCCUACAGGUUGAUCGAGAUCUUCUUGAACAGCAUGGACCACUUCGCUGCCUUGAGCUUUUUGCAGGUGCUGGUGGCUUAGCAUCAGGAUUGCACCAGUCGGGCUUUGUUGAGACCAAGUGGGCAGUCGAGUCAUCUCCAAGUGCUGCACUGUCAUUUGCUGCCAACAAUCCACGGUGUACAGUUUAUACUCAGUGCUCAAAUGUCCUGCUGCGGCAUGCAAUUGAGACACAACAAGCACCCAGGUCAAGGCCACGUCAAGUUGCAAGUCUCAACCACAAGGACAAGGAUGCAUUGCCGCCUAUGCCAAAGCCCGGAGAAGUGGAUUUUAUUUGUGGAGGACCACCGUGCCAGAGCUUUUCAGGAGCGAAUCGAUGGAAGAAAGCAGAUGAUAUUAGGUCAACACUUAUCUGCAAUACAAUUUCCUAUGUCGAUUUUUAUCGACCCAAAUACUUCUUGCUCGAAAACGUGACCGGCUUGCUGAGUGUUCCAUUGGGCACGGAGAAGCAGGACCAGAUGACGGAUGGGGUUGCCAUGGGCGUCGUCAAAUUCAUUUUCCGCGCACUCGUCUCCCUCGGAUACCAAGUUCACUGCAAGGUCCUCCAGGCCGCGCAGUAUGGCACCCCACAGAGCCGCGAGCGCGUCAUCUUCUGGGCUGCGCGGCGCGAUGUGCCGCUUCCCGACUUCCCGUACCCGACACACCACUUCGCAAAGGGCGUACGCAGCUUCAAUCUCCCCACGGGCGAGGUGCUGCACCGGCCCGUGCGCGUGGCACCACACGAGAGCGCGAAGCGGAGCGAGUAUGCACAGUACGCGCCACUGUGCGCCAUCACCGUUGAGGAUGCAAUCGGAGAUUUGCAAAAGUUUGACUGGCUUCCCUCUGGCCCGCUGACCGACGAGGACAUACACCGUCUCGCGCAAGGUAUCGUCCGUUUCGAGGCGGUCACCAACCGCGAAGCUCGGUUCCCAUACGCGGGAUACUGCGGCAAAGGAACGGCAUUCCUCCAUCCUCCGCUGAACCGGUAUCAGAUGCAAGCCCGGGAAGGCCUGGACGUGGAUGACAAUGUGGUUUAUCACUACACGCAGAAGUUCAGCGCGAAGAUUGUCGACCGCGUCUUGCACGUCCCUCUGCGUGCUGGAGCAAAUCACCAAGAUCUCCCUCCCCAGUACCGCGACAAGCGUAAGCUGCAGCCGAAUGGGAAGUCGAAGAAGGAAUACGAACGCCACUAUAAACGCAUCGACAGAGACAGCCACUUUAUGACUAUGCUCACGACAGUAAAGCCAAGCGGCACAAACGCGAUCGUUCUGCAUCCCACGCAAAAACGUGUACUCACCAUUCGUGAAUGUGCGCGAGCUCAAGGCUUUCCUGACUCGCACAAGUUCCUCUCGGUGCAUUCCAUACCCGCCAAGGUAGUCGAGGAUCAACUGCGCCAGAUAGGCAACGCUGUGCCCGUCCCUCUGGCUCGUGCCUUGGGCAAGGAACUGGGCAAGGUGCUGCUCAAGACAUGGAGGGAGGAAGCAGAGCGCGAGCUGAGUCCGGAGGUGGCGAUGGAAGUUGACAAUUAGCGGUCUACGAGAGCAUACAU